AUGCCUCAUGCCUCAUGCCCAAUCCCACCCGGGAUCCCACCACCACUCCGACCGCCCACACGUCUAGCUUCGGUCCAGCCCAAGCAUCCCCAGAGUCCCUGGCGAGUCCCGAGUAGUCAUAGAGGGAAGAAGACCAAAGCAACUUUCAAGCUGGAUGACCUCCCUCAAGCUGGUUUGCCCGACCCGCAUGAGCUUCCCCAGGGUGUCAUUCCGCUGGAGCCACUGCAGCUGGAGAAAGAUGCCCCUCCAAUAUACUCCACCGUGGUCCAGCAGGCCCGGGCCAACAUGCGGAAAUUUGAAAAUUGUGUCCUACUUACCCGUGUCGGCGGCUUCUACGAGUUGUACUUUGAACAUGCCGAGAAAUUUGCCCCUCUGUUGAAUAUAAAGUGUGCCCGGAGACCGACGAGACCUAGUGCGCCGGUGGUCCCCAUGGCGGGCUUCCCAUUUUUUCAACUGGAAAGAUAUCUCAAAAUCCUCGUCAAAGACUUAAGCAAGUACGUUGCUAUUGCAGAGGAGUUCCCAAAUGAUGCUUCUGGCAAGGUCAAAGCCGGAGGAUUGAUGCAUGAUCGGAAGGUUACCCGUAUCAUCACUCCUGGGACGCUGAUUGAUGAGAACUUCAUGGACCCGUUUACCAAUAACUAUAUUCUUGCUAUCCAUGUCACGGGCUCGUCUGGUUCGGAGCCUUCUCGCGAUGAUGCGCUUGAAGCGAACCGCGUCCCCGAUCUGCCCACCGGCCUUGCUUGGCUAGAUCUUUCAACUGGGCAUUUUUUUACCCAAUACACAACGCUUUCAUCUCUGCCGUCGCUUCUGGCUCGCAUAAGUCCAUCGGAGAUUGUCCUGGACGAGGACCUCCAAGCAUCGAAAGAUCAUGGUAUAUUUCAAGUCUUGGCUGAUGAUCAUCACCAUCUGAUCGCUUACACCAGUCCGUCACAUCUCAUGGGAAUAGCCAACUGGGAGCCAAUGCUGGAAUCGUCUGUCCCUAUCGGGCAGAUCGACGAAUUUACAGCCGAGGAGGUCGCUGCUGGAAGUUCUCUGCUUCAAUAUGUCGAGACUCGCUUACAGGGCUCGAACGUCAAGCUCCAGCCACCGAUUCGACAGCUUGACAUGAUGAGUAUUGACAAGAACACUAUGAGAGCUUUGGAGAUCAAGAAGACCAUGAAGGAGGAUAACAGCACGGGCAGUCUGUUGCACACGAUUCGACGAACCGUCACUCAAGGCGGUGCCAGGCUGUUGGAUAACUGGCUAAGCUCUCCGUCAACCUCGUUAAAUGUAAUCAAUUCUAGACUGGACCUCGUCCAGCACAUGUUAAAGAACGAACUUCUUCGCGAACGCAUCACGACGCUCCUCAAACGAAGUCACGACUCUCAUCGUCUACUCCAGAAAUUUGCAUUUGGUCGAGGCGACCCAGACGAUCUCCUAGCUUUAGCAAGCACCGUCUACGCAACGCAAGAUAUCGUGGCAACACUGUCUGAAGACACAUGGGAAGAUGCCUGCAUUCAAGGAAUGACCAGCCGUAUCGACCUCAUGGAACCCAGCGCCCUCGCAACGCGCAUCCGGGAGGCAAUAGACGAAGAAGGAAUCAUGCAACAGCACCGCCUCGAGGAUGGCGAAGCGGGAACGAUGCAAGCUCUCGCCAAAUCAAUUGUCGACGCAGAAGGCUCCCCUUCAGACGCUUCCAUCCUACCCAAAUCAGCAUCCUCUAAGAGGAAGUCCACCAGCAUCCGCGAAUACUAUUCCGAGGACAACGAACCAUGGAUCAUGAAGCCCGCCGCCAGCCCGACACUCACACGCCUACACCAAGACAUCGUCUCCCUCACUUCGGAAAAACAAGCACUAGCAGAAUCCCUCUGCAACCGUCUUGGCGCCACAACACUCACUCUGCAAUUCCGCCCCGGCCUCGGCCACAUCUGUCAUAUCAAAGGCAAAGACACGAAGCUUGACUUCGGCGAAGUCCGCAGCGUCAGCUCCAGCAAAAGCACACGCUCCUUCCAUCACCCGGAGUGGACCGCCUUAGGCCAACGAAUAGACCAAUGUAAAACACACAUCCGCGCCGAAGAAACCAGUGUCUUCCACGCUCUGCGCUCGCAAACAAUUUGCAAUAUCGUCAAGCUCCGGCGGAACGCGGCCGUUCUCGACGAACUCGACAUUGCAUGUUCCUUCGCCACCCUCGCGUCCGAAAAGCGCUGGACGAGACCGAUCCUCAAUCUCGGCACCUCGCACAAGAUCGUCGGCGGUCGGCACCCCACGGUCGAAGGUGGAUUAGAAGUCGAAGGCAGGACAUUUGUAACCAACGACUGCUUCGUCGGCACGCCGCAGAAGAUCUGGCUCAUCACCGGGCCAAACAUGGCCGGGAAGUCGACCUUCCUGCGACAGAAUGCGCUCAUCACCAUCCUGGCGCAGGUCGGGUCCUACGUGCCGGCCGCGUACGCGGAGCUCGGCAUCGUGGACCGCCUGUUCUCGCGCGUGGGCAGCGCGGAUGACCUGUAUAGGGAUCAGAGCACGUUCAUGGUGGAGAUGCUCGAGACGGCGGCGAUUCUCCGGGGGGCGACGCGGCGGAGCUUCGUGGUCAUGGAUGAGAUUGGGCGGGGCACGACGCCGCGGGAUGGAGAGGCGGUGGCGUUUGCGGUACUGCGGCACCUGUGGGAGGUGAAUGGGUGCAGGACGCUCUUUGCGACGCAUUUCCAUGGAUUGGCCGAGAGGGUGGAGAGGGAGGGCGAGGAAGAGAAAAGGAGGGAGGGGAAAGCGGAUGGGACUGGAGGCAUGAAGAAGGAUGUAGGGUUUUGGUGCACGGAUGUGCACGAGGACGAGGUGGGCGCGGGAUUCCGGUAUAUCCAUCGGCUGAGAGAGGGCGUCAACAAACGGAGCCACGCGCUGAAGGUUGCGCGCUUGGCUGGCCUCCCGGAGACUGCUAUUGCUGCUGCCAGGAGGGUGUUGGAAGAUGGGGAUGUAUGA